UAAGAACAUUAACAAAACAAACGCAUAUUAUGAAGAUAUCUGUUUAUUCUUCUUUAACGCGUCUAUAAUAGUAAGAGAAUUAUUACUAAAAAUAUAAUAAUACGAAUUUUAUGGACAAGAUGAUAUUACAUUUCAGUUAAAAUGUCAUAAAUGUAACAAAAUUUUUUAACUUUCUAAAACAUUUUGUAAAGAUCUUUUUAUUGAAGUCCUAAUUGAAUAUCACGUUGGCAUAAAAAUUGGUACUAUUAAAUUACUAUAGUAAUAAAAAAAUUGGUAGUAUUAUAUUACUAUAGUAAUUGUCUUUUAGUAUACAAAGUUCUAUAUUUUGCAAAGUUAUUAUUUUUUAAUCUUUAACCUUAUAAUAAAAUUUUAUAUUUUAUACUACAAUUUUUAUAAAAACUAUUAAAAUAUACAAAAAUAUCAAAUCGAUUUGUUACGAUAACGAUACAAUUUAAAGAACAAGGUUUUGCAAGAAACAAGUUUAAAUGUUUCAAAUAAUUAAAACUUUAAAUUAUAAAAUUAUGAAAAUGUCAUCUUUAAAAGCGAUUUUGUAACAUCUAACUUUUUAAAAAAAGGUAUAAAACAGCGCCAAGUAUACACGCGCAUAAAACACCUUCAAAAAUCUACUACUUUUGGUCUUAAACGUAACUUUUUGAACCAGAAUAAUAUCACAAUAUUAAAUUGAUAUUCAAAAUUAUUAAUAUUAAUUAAUAAAAUAGAUGCUAACAAGCAUCUAUUAUACAUUUUUUUCCCUUCCUUGAAAUACUGUAAAAAAAAUUAUUAUAAAAAGUACCUCAAGCGUAAUUUAAAUUUAAUUCUUUCUACGUUCCGUGCAAGCGUUUUUAGCCAAAUCGAUCGCCAAGAGGCAUAUGAUACCAUUUGAAUCAUAGGAAGUAGUCACAUAGAAAGACAAUGCAUACUCUGUAUUUAUAUAUUCUUAACUUUCAGAGAACAUAAUAUUUUAUUAUAGGUUAAUUUUAAAUUUCCGAGUAACAAACUGACGUUUUAUUUGUCAUUUUGACGUCAUAAUGACGUUAAAGAUGUUGUUUUAAAGUGUAAGAUCACGCAAACAAGUAUAAAUUAGCUAUAAAUUGCCAACUUUAAAAGUGGCACACGUCGUUUUAAAAAGUCCGAAUAGAUCUUCGCAAGUACGAUAAAAAUUAAACUAAAAAAUUUCAAUAUUUACAUGACAAUAGCUUGAAUUAAUAAAUAUAUAAUUGUUUUGAUCAUAAAAGGAAUACAUAUGUAUUCUCAUUCAACAUACCGAUUAUAUAUAUAUAUAGCGAAGAGUACUAUUAACUUCAGUAGAAUUUAUCUUUGUCUACAUUUCUGUACAUCUCUUGCAAAUCAAUCUAAAUUCCAUGUAAAGUAUAAAACGGUUAAACAUCUAAAAUGUUUUAAAAAAAGUAUCAAAAAUAAAAAUUCGACAUAAACACGUUGAUUUCAUCAUUUCUUAUUAUUAAAUUAGCCGGCUUAUAAUUUAUCACAUUUUAACAUUGUAAAUUUACUCAUAAUAACAUUUUCCAACUUUUGGUAAAACUUUAAAACGUUGGACAACAACAAUUGAUUUAUUUCAAUAUGACUCAAACGAUAGCAAGCAAAGAAGAUCUUCAGGAGAUGAUGGCAGUAUGGCCAGACGUUGUUCGUGAUAUUACAGAUAUGACUAAGGAUUUAAAUAAUCCAGAUAUUACUAAAUGGGUGGAAAAGGUAUUGCAAUAUAAUGUCCCAAAAGGAAAAAAAAAUCGUGGAUUAUCAUUAAUUUAUGCCUAUAAAUUGUUGGUACCUAAUGAUAAACUUACACAAGAUAAUCUUUAUUUAGUACGGAUUUUAGCAUGGUGUAUAGAACUGAGUUUAAUUGGUGUGCUCAUGAUAGAUGAUAUCAUGGAUCGAUCGCUAUUUCGUCGUAAUCAACUAUGUUGGUAUCGGUGCAAUGACCUAGGUCUAAUGGCUAUCACAGAUUGUAGGCUUCCAUAUACUAUAAUAUUUAAUAUAAUUCAAAAAUACUUCAAGGAAAAAGAAUGCUACAUUAAUUUACUAGAAUUAUUUUACGAUAUCUAUUUUAAAACAGCAAUAGGGCAAAAUAUAGAUAUGCUCUCUACCAAUUUCGGCAAAAAACCAAAUCUAGACUUACUUACAAUUGAUCGAUAUAAUUCUCUUGUUAUAUACAAAACAGCAUAUUUAACAUAUAUUUUUCCAAUAAACGCAGCAAUGCAUUUAGCUGGAAUAAAAGAUCCAGAGAUGUUUAGACAAAUAAAACCUAUUUUGUUAAAAAUUGGACAUUUAUUCCAAGUUCAAGAUGAUUAUUUAGCUUGCUUUGGAAAUCCCGAGGCUUGUGGCAAAGAUAAUACUGAUAUAGAAGAGGGAAAAUGUACGUGGCUAGUUGUUACAGCUCUUCAACGAGCCACUCCGGAACAGCGUAAAAUUAUAGAAGAAUGUUAUGGACGUUCCGAUCCGGAAAAAGUAAGACGCGUGAUACAGCUCUUCACUGAUCUCGGUUUGCCUGACGCGUAUUCUAUAUACGAAAAAGAGACGUACAAUCUAUUAAUUGCUAAGAUACAACAAAUACCGUAUGAAGCCUUACAAAAUAUUCUCCAAAAUUCAUUACAAAGAACUUAUAAAAGAAUAUCCUAAAAUCAUUAACAAAAUAAACGGAUAUUAUACAGAUAUCUGUUUACUUCUUAAACGCGUCUAUAUAGUAAGAAAAUUAUUAAUAAAAAUAUAGUAAUACGAAUUUUAUGAACAAGGUAAUAUUACAUUUCAGUUAAAAUGUUAUAAAUAUAAAAUAAUUUUUUAACUUUCUAAAAUAUUUUGUAAAGAAUUUUUUAUUGAAGUCCUAAUUGAAUAUCAUCUUGGCAUAAAAAUUGGUAUUAUUAUAUGACUAUAUAUAGAAAUUGUCUUUUAAUAGAAAGUU